AUGAAAGCCUUCAGCAUACCACCUCAUCCUCCCGCACUCUCGAUCACCAAGACAUGCAUUUACAAGACUAUAGAUAGGAUCGCCAUUCCUAUUGACAUCUAUGUACCGACUGAGCACGAUGUCGCCAUUCCUCCGGUCAUGCUGUUCAUCCACGGGGGCGGAUGGAGUGGAGGGAACAGGACGGACUACUCCCGACCGCUCUUUUAUCAUUUCCUGUCACUGGGGUUCAUAGUGACCUCUAUGGAUUAUCGCCUCCUUCCAGAAACAAAGCUUGAAGGUCAGAUGGAUGAUGUCCGUGAUGUGGAGGGUUGGCUGAGGAAGAGCUUAGCGCGAGAGGUCAGAGACUACUUCUCCGGCGUCCAAGGCGAUAAGAUCAUUGUCGUUGGAGCUUCAGCUGGAGCCCACCUUGCCCUUUUGACUCCAAAGCUUUGGACCAUACAACCAACGGCCAUCUUGUCCCUGUACGGCCCGACCAACAUGAACGGACUCCCGUCUCUUCAUAGUGACCGUCUCUCGAAGCUCUUUCUACCUCCUUGCACAUCUGAACUUCUUACUGCUGGAACGUACUUCGACCACCAACCAACCGAGUUUCCGGUUGUUCAAAAGCCGGAAGAUUACAAACGUCCCAGAACUGUUAUGGUUCUCACAAUUUUCCGCAAAGCCCUCAUCCGCGAGUACCUGCUUCGAGGGCUGACCAGAGGCGAUGACGGAAAGCUGAGACUCCCCGAGCGAGGGUCAAUAACUAAGGAAGAAAUCGACGAAAUCAGUCCCCUCGAGCUCAGCAAAAUGCAUAAAUACCCGCCAACCUACCAAAUAAUGGGCGCAAACGACGACGUCUUCGAGCUCUCCCAUGCCGUCAAAUUCCACUCUGCGCUCGGAACCAGCGGCUCGCAUCGGCAGACUAUGAUCCUGUUCGAAGCAGGUCAUGCUUUCGAUAUCUGGGAGGACAUUGGAGGUGAGGUGCACGAGAAGGUUAUUGCGCCUGCUGUCGAGUGGGUUGCGGGGUUCGCGGGGGUGGAAUCUAGGCCGCAGAGGAGUGCGAGAUGGGGAGGAAGAGGGGACAUUGGGAAAUUGGGGUUUUUGCUUGAGAAGUGA